UUAAGCUUCAGUCUGUGGUAGAGCUUCAGAACAGAAGACUGACUCCACUGACUGUUAGGCCUGGAAAGGCUGUAUUUUCUGGUGGACAGAACAGACAGUCUACAGCAGAGCCUGUCUGUCUACAAGUGUAGGGUCAGUAGGAGCACCAUGCCCCCAGGGGCUGCAGCGGGAUCAGACAGGAAGAGGGCUGCCAGAGGCCUGGAGGGACCCAGAGGGGCAGCACAGAGCCUCUCAGACACUCAGCUCACAGACCCAAGGAGAGGCACAUGACUCCCCCCUCUCUCACUAAAGCAAGAAACACUGCUGACUCUGGGGUGAGAGGAGAAAUGAUCCAGACUCCGAGAAGCCAACAUCAAGGCUGUUCACAGAGGACAUAAAAACAGGCUUGGGAUCUUAGAAUUACGUGAUACAUCAUACACGUACCAAUGGAUUAACAGGGGACUGGUCUUGUCUUUUUGGAUACAAGCACAGGUAUUGAUGGAAUUACUUGUUGUUAUUUUUUUUUUUAAACACUGGACAUGGUGGUGUUCACAUGAGGACAUUGUGCUUAUGAACAUUGGAUACGAGAGAAGGUGUGGUUAUUUUUUGAGCUAGUAUUCCCUUAUGCUGGGGGAAGAUUGGAAAUGACAUAACUGAUGAAAUUAAGGACUGAAAUUAAGGACACAUCAGUGCUCCAUUCUUUGGAAUUAACUUGUACAAGUGAUCGAUGCUUUCCACAAAAACAUUCCCAUUGUUGUAUUGACAUUCAUCAACACUCCCAUCCUCUACUCCUCUCUAAAGAUGCAUAAUAGCACUCUAGAGACUGAUGGCAUCAGUGCUCUUGGUUUGACCCAAACCAACAUGAGCUGUAUUAAGAGUGAUGGCUUUAAGUACACCCUGUACACAGCGGUUUUCAGCCUGGUCUUCAUAGUCGGGCUGCUCUUCAACAUGGCUGCCAUGUACAUCUUUGCCUGCACACUGAAGUUGCGCAACGAGACCACCACCUACAUGAUGAACCUGGUGGUGUCCGACCUGCUCUUCGUCCUCACCCUGCCCUUCAGAAUCUUCUAUUUUAUCAACCAGGAUUGGCCGUUUGGCAGGGGGCUCUGCCAGCUUUCGGUCUCCCUAUUCUAUACCAACAUGUACGGUAGCAUUCUCUUCCUCACUUGCAUCAGCGUGGACCGUUUCCUGGCCAUCGUCCACCCAUUCCGAUCGCAGGCGCUGCGGACGAAGCGGAACGCCAAGCUGGCCUGCUGCGCUGUUUGGGUGUUGGUGCUGUCUGGCAGCCUUCUGACAGGCUUCCUCCUCGACACCACCUCACUCAGGUACAAAAACUCCUCCGUCAACUACUGCUUUGAAAACUUCUCCAACAAGCAGUGGAAGUCCAGUCUGUCCAAGGUGGUGGUGUUUAUUGAGACAGUGGGAUUCCUGAUUCCGUUGUUACUCAACAUCUUCUGCUCCGUUUCGGUCCUCCAGACACUGCGCCAGCCCCAGGCUAUAAGCCGUGGGGGCCAGCUCAACAAGACCAACAUCCUGAGGAUGAUCGUGGUCCAUCUUCUCAUCUUCUGCUUCUGCUUCAUCCCCUACAACGUCAACCUGGUGUUCUAUGCCCUGGUCCGCACCAAGCUGCUGAAGGGCUGCGCUGUGGAGUCGGUGGUGAGGACCAUCUACCCCAUCACCCUCUGCAUUGCAGUCAGCAACUGCUGUUUCGACCCAGUCAUCUACUACUUCACCUCCGAGACCAUCCAGAACUCCAUCAAACGUAAAUCUAUGGCGGUUCGCAACAAGAAUAAGCUGGACAAGGGUCUUCAGACAAAUAUGCUGCAGAGCCAGAGCAUCAUUCAGAACAACCCAAGGACUCAAUUUUACCUAGAGUCCACCGUGUGACAUCACCCACAUGAGCCAAAUUAAUGAGGCAUCAGUGCGACAUUUGACAUCAAUAUUUCAGUGAGUCAAUAUUUGGUGCAAUACGCCCAGAUGAUCGUAACAGAUGGGAGAUGAGUGGUCUUGAGUGGAUUCUAUAGGAACCAUGGCAUCACAGGAACAAAGUGAGAAAACCCUAAAGAGAGGUUGCAUGAAGGGUACCAUCCUUGCAGUAAGUACAGUGACUCAGCUCUGAGUGUUCUCGUGUUAAAGGGGUACUUUGGAAUUUUGGCUAGCAUGCUAGCAGAUACCCAUAGACUUCCAGUCAUUGUGCAAAUCCUAGUUAGUUUAGGCUUGCAAAACUACCUCGUACUUCUUUCAUAUUGGACACAGAACAAUACAAAUGUUAUCCACAAGUUCAUCUGACAAUGGGGAAGUAGAUAAAGGGCCUCAUUAACAAAAUCCAGAAGUAUCCCUUUAAGUAUUGCAUCAAUAGCAGUGUCGAGUGUGAGGAUUAGCCUACAUGAUGCAGGUCUGGGGGAGGAAACCCUGGAGCUACAGAUUUACAAAACAAAACAAAAAAGUGAAAAUGUACCCACAACACACUUUGUGACUUGUCAAACAGUGGCCGGGGUAUCUACAUGUUGCUCUAUUGAAAGAUUUGAUACCAGGCAGUUGUCAGUGUUUUACCUGUGCCUAAAUUCAGUAGAUUAACAACCAAAAUUAUGAAAUAGCACUAUAGUGCAAGAUAUGACUUGCAAACUAUUUCUCCCAAUAGUGACAGUGCCUUGAAUGAAUAAAAAGAAAGCAAACAAGUUCUCAUCUGUUUUCUUAAGUCACUAUGAACAAAUGGUGGUAAAUGUAUGACAUUACCCAGGUUUACCUUUGCAUGCCAUAUUGAUUUGUGGGUAAUAAAUAUCUUGAGAUAUUUAGAGCAUUUUACAAAAGGUAGGUGGUUAUCAGUCUUUCAGUUUUAUGACAUUGCCUCACUAGCGUAGCAAUAAUACAUCCUCCCCUGCUCACAUGAAUCAUACAACUAACAACAAAUAGCUAGUGCACACAGAAACCACCUCAAACCAUUACCAAGCAUGAUAACGGAUGUCUGGCUAGCCAGUGAUAACUGGUUGA